AUGGAAUUAGGAACAAUUGAAAAUUUAAAACCAAAACCUGAAGCAAUUAAAACAAUAACAACGUCACAACAAUCAAAAUCAAUUUCUCAUUCAACUAUUUCAUCUUCAAAUUUUCAUCAUCAAUCAAUAAAACUACAAACAACAACCAAUAAUAUUUCGUCGUCAAUGAAUAUUGAAGAUGAUUCAAAUUCAUUGAUUGUAAGUGAUAUUCAAAAUUGGGAAACUACUUUAGAAAAAGCCAUCAAAGCAAUUGUUAGCAUUAAAGCAAAUCAUGUUAGAAGUUUUGAUACUGAGUCAUCAGGUGAUUAUUCAGCUACAGGGUUUGUAGUUGACAUAGAGAAAGGUUUAAUUUUAUCAAACAGACAUGUUGUAUCACCAGCACCAAUUGUAGCUCAAGCAAUAUUUACCAAUUAUGAGGAAGUAGAGCUAAAACCUAUUUAUAGGGAUCCUGUUCAUGAUUUUGGUUUUUUGAAGUUCGAUCCAUCAAAGAUUAAAUUUAUGGAUUUGGUACAGAUUCCUCUUAGUCCUGAAAAGGCCAAAGUUGGUUUAGAAAUUAGAGUUGUUGGUAAUGAUGCUGGUGAAAAAUUGUCUAUAUUAUCUGGUACAUUGGCAAGAUUAGAUAGAAGAGCACCAGAAUAUGGAGUGGGAGAAUAUAAUGAUUUUAAUACAUUUUAUUUACAAGCGGCAUCGGGUACAAGCGGAGGUUCAUCAGGUAGUCCCGUGUUAGAUAUAGAUGGGAAUGCAGUAGCUUUAAAUUCUGGUAGUGCAAGUAGAGCGGCAUCAAGCUUCUAUUUACCAUUGGAUCGAGUCAAGAGAGCAUUACAUUUCCUACAAGAAGGAAAAUCUGUACCACGUGGAACUAUACAAACAGAAUUUGAACAUAUGCCAUAUGAUGAGUUACGUCAUUUAGGCCUUGAUCCUAGCAUAGAAGAAAAUGUGCGUGAAAUGUUUCCUGAUGAGACUGGAUUACUUGUGGUACGAUCAGUUUUACCUAAAGGUCCAUCGGAUGGUAUAUUGAUACCAGGUGAUAUUGUGAUAUCUACUAACCAUUCAACUGUUACAAACUUUUUGGAUUUGUUUUCAUUGAUUGAUGAUUUUAUUGGAAAAACAAUAUCACUUUCAAUAUGUCGCAAUAAAGUGAUAGAGGAUGUUACAGUUCUGGUACAAGAUUUACACUCAAUAACUCCCAAUAGAUUUGUAGAGAUUGGUGGAGGAGUUGUCAACGAGUUAAGUUAUCAAUUGGCACAUUCUUAUUCACAACCUGUUGGUGGUCCAUUUAUAGCAGCAAGUGGACAUAUGUUUGGUGGUGCAUCUGCUUUUCGUGAGAGUGUGAUUGUUAGUGUUAAUAAUAUUUUAACACCAAAUUUAGAUGAAUUUAUUGAAGUGAUGAAGACCUUACCAGAUGGUGCAAGAGUUCCCAUAAGGUUCUAUUCUUUAUCAAAAAUUCAUAAAGAAUAUGUUACUAUUAUGCAUGUUGAUAGACACUGGCAUAAGUUUCAAGUCGCUGUUCGGCUAUGGAAUUAUACAGAAAUGUCACCGCCACCAGCAAUUCAUUCAUAUGAACCAGUGACAGGAUCUUAUCAGACAUUACAUUCUUCAUUAGGACCAGCUAAUAAAUUAUGGUCAUCAUUUGUAUUAAUAGAAUUUCGUUUACCAUAUCUUGUUAAUGGGAUGGUUAGGAAACAAACACCAGUAAAAGCCAUAGAGAUUUAUGAAGGACGAGAGUUAGAUCAAGGCGAUGAAGUUUAUUUGAUUAGUGUGGCAGGUGAUUCAUCGCCUGUUAUGAAAAAAACAUACGUAAAUCAUAUUGGAGAUGUUGAUACAAGAGAAUGCAAUCCGCCAAGAUGGAGAGCUAUGAACGUUGAAGGAAUAACCGUUGAUGAUGCUAUUGGAACACAAGGAGGAGUAUUAUGCAAUGAAGAAGGAAAAGUACAAGCAUUAUGGUUAAAAUAUUCAUCACAGAAUGAAAAUGAAAAGGAUUACAUCUUUUUUUGUGGAUUACCAAUAUCAUUGGUUAAACCUACCGUUGAAUUAAUCAAGAAAGGAGAGCAUCCGGAAUUGAGAGGAUUGAAUGUAGAAUUUUGGACCAGAAGAAUAUCUACAGCAAGAGCUUAUGGAUUACCAAAUGAUUGGAUUAAAAAAAUAGAAUCAGCGCCCAAUUCCAAGCAUACAAUGCUAUAUGUUUUAAAUAUUUUAGAUUUUACUAGUCCAGCUGGUAAAUUAUUAAAAGUUGGAGAUAUUGUAUUGAAGAUGAAUAGAAAUCUUGUUACUAGGAUGGCAGAUUUACCUAAAGCGUAUAAUGAAGCAGAAGAAGUUGACAUGCUUGUUUUUAGAGAUGGAAAAGAGAUAAAUGUUAAUGUGGCAACCACGCCAUAUGACAAAAAGGAGACAACGAGGAUUUUAUGUUGGUCUGGGGCAUUGAUACAGAUGGCAUAUAAAGCGGUAUUAGAACAAGUACGUAAGCCACCAAUAGGAGUUUAUGUAGCAUGUACAUUGUUCGGAUCACCUGCAUCAAUCACAUUUCAUCCAGGGAUAUGGAUAGUUGAAGUACAAGGUAAAAAGGUGAAUGAUUUGGAUUCGUUUUUGAAAGCAGUUAAACAACAUGAAGUAGAGAUGAAGGAGAAUGAAGGGGAUGGGUAUAUUAGAAUAAAAACUAUUGAUAGACGAGAUGUUACUCAUGUGGUAACAAUGAAACUAGUACCUCACUAUUGGAACACAUGGCAAUUGAUAAAAGAUGACUCAGCCCAGACUGGCUGGAAAUGUGUACCUGCUUAA